AGUGAAGAACUUUGUGGCGAUGAAGGUGGUGAAGAGUGCCCAGCAUUACACAGAGACGGCCCUGGAUGAGAUCAAACUGCUGCGAUGUGUGCGAGAGAGCGAUCCGGGUGACCCCAACAAGGACAUGGUGGUUCAGCUGAUAGAUGACUUCAAGAUAUCUGGAGUCAACGGCAUACAUGUGUGUAUGGUGUUUGAGGUGCUAGGUCACCACCUGCUGAAGUGGAUUAUUAAAUCCAACUACCAAGGUCUGCCGCUGCCAUGUGUCAAGAGCAUUAUCAGACAGGUCCUGCAGGGUCUGGACUACCUCCAUACCAAAUGUAAAAUCAUCCACACGGAUAUCAAGCCAGAGAACAUCCUGAUGUGUGUAGAUGACGCCUUUGUUAGGCGUAUGGCCAUGGAGGCAACUGAAUGGCAGAAAGCUGGAGCCCCCCCACCGUCUGGAUCAGCAGUUAGCACAGCCCCCCAGCUCAAACCGGUGAGUACAACAGAUGUGGGGAAGAUCUCUAAGAACAAGAAGAAGAAGCUGAAGAAGAAACAGAAGCGGCAGGCAGAGCUGCUGGAGAGGCGGAUGCUGGAGAUCGAAGCCCUGGAGAGAGAGGCUGAGAGGAGGGAGGAAAGAGCCAAAGAAGGGGGAGAGAAAGGGUCGCAUGAACACAACCCGCCUUCACCACUGCCACAGCAGCUGGGCCCCAGCAUGGCGCUGGGAGAGAGUGACGAGGAUGAUGAUGAGGAGGAGGAUGGGGAAGAUGAGGAGGAAGAGGGAGGAGAGAGGCCCAUCAGAUUGACUAAUCAUACAUGUGCAGCGCCUCCCCAGGAACAGAGCAAGGCACCCCACACCACUGACGACGACCCCGGUGAGGAGGUGGAAGAGGAGGAGCCUACGCCUAUCACUGAAAAAGAUGCCCCUGUUCCCCCCACCACAGAAGAAGGUAAUGGGAAUCCAACACCGGCAGGGGUAGAGGACGAGGAGGGGGCGGAAGAAGACGGAUUAAAAGGGGCAGAGGAUGAAAAUGAGGAAGAGGAGGCGGAGGAGAAGGUAGAGGAGGAAGAAGAAGAAGAGGAAGAGGAGGAGGAAGAGGAGGAGGAGGAGGAAGAGGAGGAGGAGGAGGAGGAGGAGGAGGAGGAGGAGAAAGAGACUGAAAGAGAGGAGAAUGAGACAGAGGAGCCAAAGAGUGAGAUCAAAACUGAGGAGGAGGCAGUGGUAGAGGAAGAGGAGUCAAAGGAGCAGGAGGGGGAGGAUGAGGAGGAUGAGGAUGAGGAGGAUGAGGAAGAUGAGGAUGAAGACACGACCGCGGACCUAGUCACGGAGAACACCCCCCCUAUCAAACCUCACAACAACAAAAGCAAUUCGGCCAAAACCAACGGUCAUGUUGUGUUGGGAUCUGAGGGACUGAAACCAAAUCCCGGGACUCCUCCGCCCCCCUCACCCACUCCUGAGCCUCUCCUCUGCCCCCUGGUGGAGUCCGAGCUCAGCUACACCGACAGGGACCACUCUCUCAGCUCUGGCUAUGAGAUGUAUAACGGCGAGCUCGGUGAGCCGGGGCUGACCAACGGCUCCAAUGACCGCCAUCGGGGCACGAUGCCCCUCUUCCCAGAGUUGCCCCUGGAUCCUGUGCCGGGAAACCCCAUUUCUGUUGGAACGGCAGACAUUGGAGCAGGCCCGUCGCCCAACAGCCCCACCGCUGACCGCAGUCGCACUGUUUCGUCCUCAAGCACGGGAGACACACCCAAAGUCAGGGCCAGAGCUGCAGAUCUCCUGAUCAACCCACUGGACCCACGCAAUGCUGAGUCUAUUCGAGUCAAAAUCGCUGAUCUUGGAAAUGCCUGCUGGGUGCACAAGCACUUUACAGAGGACAUCCAGACAAGACAGUACCGUUCCAUUGAAGUCCUGAUAGGAGCUGGUUACAGCACUCCUGCAGACAUCUGGAGUACUGCCUGCAUGGCUUUUGAGCUGGCUACUGGAGAUUACUUGUUUGAGCCCCACUCUGGAGAGGACUACUCCCGUGAUGAGGACCACAUCGCUCUGAUCAUGGAGCUCCUUGGGAAGGUCCCACGCAAAGUGGUCGCUGCCGGGAAGUACAGCCGAGAGUUUUUCUCCAAGAAAGGUGAGCUGCGGCACAUCACCAAGCUGAAGCCGUGGUCCCUGUUUGACGUGCUGGUGGAGAAGUAUGGCUGGGCGCAUGAAGACGCCGGCCACUUCACCCACUUCCUUCUGCCCAUGCUAGAGAUGGUGCCUGAGAAGAGGGCCUCGGCUGGCGAAUGCCUCAACCACCCCUGGAUCAACUCGUAGCCACAAUCUCUGAUCAGAUGCCUUCCUCCCCUCGUCUCCCCAACAGUUAGCCCAAACAUCACCCCCUGGUGGCAGCCUGUAUAACAACAGCAUGGAGAGAAGCUGGAGACAGAGUUGGAGUAGAUGAGAAAGACUUCUUUCAUGCCCUAUCCUACACAUCCAUAAAAUGCUUAUCUGAAUAGGCUUAAGUCCCACACAAGCCCAAAUUAUUUUUCCCAAAAGGAAUGUAAAGACAAGCGUAUGGAGAUAACAUGGCAUAAUAACUGUGUCUUUCAGAACAUCUACCAAAAAGAAUCAGAUCAUUUGUAGAUGGAUGCUGCUCAUACCGUAAAAGGGAGAAGUCAGGCUCCGACUGAAAGAGAUUCUUCUUCUCUUUUGCUGGGAAGAUGUCAGCCAGUCCCUUCCAUCUAAUCUCCUCCUAAUUCUCAGUUUUAACUAGUUUGGAUCCAGUCAUGGGCCACUGACAGCUGCUGAUCUCUUCGGUGACAUGAAAGAACAGUGAAUGAGAAGCCCCAGCGCAGUGCUGACAACCCAGAGCUCCGUCUGCCAUGACCUUUACAUAGCCUGAGGCCUCAAAGACAGACAAGUGUGGGUGUUUUUCUGAGUAAGAAGGAGCGGAUGUGUCUGUGCUCUAGAUCUCCCUGCAUAGACCCCUGUUCCUCUCUUCCUAGCCCAGUUGCCCCUCCUUCUCUCCCUCCCCGUGCUACGGAAGAAGCACCCACACCAGACUAAACGUUUACACCCUGAUUUCUUCCACAAAUCCCCCUUCCCCCACAUGAGCUGCAUGCUCCUACCUUGGGGGCCACCACAGAAAACUGGAGGGCAGCCAGUCCUCCAGGGGGCACCACACUGACAGUUGCCACUCUGACAGACAGACAGAAAAAGUGCGGGAUGAGCAAAAAAAACAAAAAUACAAUCAAUUUAACACACAGGAGGAAUGCUUGGUCUAUUUUUGAAAUGCAUGGAGAGACUGAUAGAUCAGCAUGAACGGAUAUGACAAAUGGACGAUGUAUACGUAAUUUUAUUGGUGCAUUUCGCUGGUUUCUUUCCUGUCACAUCACCUCUUUUGGACAUUAUGUUACAAAGAAUUAUGUUAGGAUAUUUUGGUGCCCCCUCUGAAGAAGGUAACGAUGUUAUAACCCCUUCUUCUCCAGCUUUUGACAUUCCUAAAUCUUGGUCCUCUGCCAUCAGUCCUGACUUUUAUUCCCAACAAUUCUGUUGAGUCCUACUGUGGCACGUUUACCUGAUCUGAUUGGUACUAUCCCACCUCACCCCCCUGUUUUCUCUGUAGAGGAACCCUUGAGGAACCUGAGCUUCUCCAGAAAGGGGAUGGUGAUGGGAUGGAGGUUGCACUUGUCUUUGUAGAUGUCCUUCAGGGAUUUGAAACCUUUGUACAUAGAACUGAGAUCUUGCAACGCAGAUAAGCGACCGUGGACAGAGUUUAAACACACAAGCAUCAUUCCAAAAAACAGAGGCUGUUGGCAAAACCUGACUUCCUCUGAUACAGUGGUGGUUGGUGGGUGGGGAGGGAGGGCCGCCAUAGCUCUGGCCCUGGAGGAAUGUUCAGACUGAACUGUGCCACCUGGUGGCUGAAUGAGAGUACUGCAUUGCCACACAUUGCUGCUGCUCUCAGUGCCAAUGCUCCAAGACGUUCCACUUUAUCUCUCCACUUAAUCUCUAUUUCUCUGUCACACACACACACACACACACGCAGACACACACACAGUACCUUGCAUCAUCACAAUUAGUCCAGUUGCCUAUUUUUCGCAAUAAAUGAAAAAAGAUGAGUAUAAGUAAAUGGUGAAAUAUUUUUAAAAACUAUUUAAUUCAUUAAAAAAAGAGGAAAAAAGAAAACAACUUUUCUCUGGUUGUUGUGACUGUGACAGAAUCUCGUCUUAUACUGAGGUGAUUGUGUUUGUCUAUUAGAGAUGUUUUUAUUUCUUUUGUCAUUAUUAUUAAUUAUUGAAAGAUUUUUUUACACAGUUGUCACCUCUCCCCCUCCCACCUUACUUGAACAGCGCUGCUCUUUCUGAGCUCUUGAUGGUGAUGAAAAAAAAUCAACAGUUUUGCAAUAAAGGGUAUGUGAUGAGUUUUUUUUGCACCAAAACCUCCUGAUCUCACUCUUUCAGCCAUGCUGACUGUUCUUCCUGAUGACAUUGACAGAAACACGUCUCUUGUCUGUGUUUUUCAUUGACAGAUUUAAUAAAAUUGUAAAUUAAUGGA